CAAUAUGCAGGCACCCUAAGUUAAUCCCUAUUUCUAGGAUGAGCGAACUCGAAGGACCACCAUCCAAGAAGCAAAGACUAGAGGAUUUCACCGAAGACCUGGACACGGAUAGACAGAUAGAUGAAGACAAGUUUGACAACUUCGUCCUGCCCGAGGAGUUGGAGAGGCUCCGGGAGUUCAAGGUGCUCGAUGAAGUCAAGUCUAAUGAUGAGGAUAGUGAGGAGGAGACGGAUGAGGACGAUGAUGAUGGCAAGUCCGAGGGCGUCCCCGAGGAAGAGAUCGAGAAGAUGCUGGAAGAAGACCUGCCGGAGGACUUCAAGGCAGCCCCCAAGCCCAAGGAGAAACCGUACAUAACUAGGCAGAAGACGGUUCUAGAAGAAAAGGGAGUGAACCAAUUCGAGGUGCUUCCCUUGGAUUGGAUGAUGGUGCGGCACUACAGCGGCAUGCCCGUGUACAUGCACCGCGGGACCCGCGUGUGCACGCUCGCGAAACCAUACUCGCUCGGCAAAGGCAACACCAGGCGGCACGACAUACCAAUCAGCGCUAUACCGUGCCUCGCGUACCGGCGCGCUUUAGAAGAGGAGGGAAAACAAAAAGAGAUAGACGACAAGAUCAAAGAACAGAUCGAGAGCGGCGCCUGGGCUAGAAUGGGACAGAAUGAUCAUAAUAAGAAUGUAACCAACAAUACUAGUAAUAGUGGGCAGGAAUGUAUAAUUAUUAGUGGAAAUGAAGAUAGUAUUCAAGACACUUCUUGCCAGGGUAGUAGUAGAUUAGAUAGCCCUAAGCCUAGCGAAAACUUAGAAAAUAUACAAUCAAACGAAAUUCUUGAAAACGCACAAGAUUCUACAGAACAAAUAUCAAAAGAAAUUCAAGAAAUAAAACAGGAAAUUCUAAUAAAGGAGGAAAUAACUAUGGAGCUCGAAGAUAUAACCAAUGAAAUAAAAAUGGAGUGUCCUUAUAAACAUAACGAAACAAAUGAAAGCGAUGAUAAAAAUGUAGAAGAUAUUAAAAUACCUGAUGAUGAAAAUAAAAUACCUGAUGAAAUAAAUGAAAUACCUGAUGAAGUAAAUGAAAUACCUGAUGAAGUACAUAAAAUACCUGAUGAAGCAAAUAAAAUACCUGAUGAUGAAAAGAAUGAGACAGCAAAUGAGGAUGAAAGAGAUGAGACACCGCUUAACCAACAGCCUGUGGUGUUGCCCGGAGGCAUAGUGAUGCCUCCACCGAGGGUGGAGACGGUGAAUACUAGCUGGAAGACGCAACAGCUCACGCAUGAGCAGGUUAAUGAUUAUUGCAAGAAGCUGUUCAAGUUUAAAACUGUUAAUAUUAUGCAUUUUAGGCGGUGGGCAGACCGGCGCAAGUACGCCAAGGCUCGCAAGACGCUUCAAUACCCCACCUUACCAGAAGGCACCAAACUUAUCACCAUACCCGCUCAACCUGCCAACGGGCAAGAUAAUGGCGGUAAGGCGAGCAAGCGCGACUGGGUGAUGAACAUGAACGGGCGCAGUUACCUGUCCGUGUUCCAUGAGUACGUGCGGCGCGCUCUGCAGAAACAGCCUGUAUACGAGUUCAAACAGCUGGAAAAUGCUUCAUCGCCGUACCAAGCCACAGUAUACAUAGGUGGCAUGCAGUACGGAUCAGGCCGGGGCUCGAGCAAGCGACAGGCAAAAUCCGCCGCCGCCAGGGCCUCCAUACAUAUCCUGAUCCCGGAAAUGAGAGCUGAACUAGACGCGCCGCAAGCUGAUCCCGAUUUCACUUUCUUCGACUAUGUAGGCAUAGAGGACCCGCGUAUCUCAGAGUUCUGCGCGGCGACGUGUGAGCCGUCACCGCACGCUAUACUCCGUACGUGUCUACUGCGCAACUUCGGCGCUCAGGACCGGCAUAUACAUACCGAGAUGAAAAAACUGGAAUACCAGAAGAUCGAGUUGACUAUGCGCGUGGGCCGACACUCCGCCACCGUUGUCUGCAAGAACAAGAAGGCGGCCAAGCAGCGCGCCAGCCAGGCCAUACUGCAGGCAUUACACCCGCACGUCCGCUCUUGGGGCUCGCUGCUCCGCUUGUACGGGUCGCGCUCCGUCAAGAGCUGCAAGGAGAAAAAGAUAGAAGAACAGCAGAUAACCCUGCUGCAAGACAAGGCUCGGCACAACGAACCAAAUUACGCCGUGUUGGAAAAGCUUCGCAAUGAGAUGAGAAAGCUGAAGGAAAGGGACGAGGCCGUGGUCCCAAUCGGCACUCUGCUCGUCAAGGAUGACCUACCCACACACUCCGGGUCCAACCUCAACAACGUAGACCUCUAGACGUGAGGUACACACCAUUUGGACCUGUAGGUAUACACAUUGGUCC